AUAACUCCGAUAAUGUUCCUCGAUAUUGGUCGCAUAGCAAAUGUUAAAAGGCGGUGCCGCACCUGUAUUUGAAAGUAUGUUUACAAAUUAACUAAUUGAGAGAGUGGUGGGCAGAAAUUCUAAGUUGUGUUUAUAACCAUUAUAAUAAUCAUUUCCUAUAUUUCUACACAUGAGUCACGUAUAAAUUCUUUCGGAAAUCAGAAACUUUGUUCUAUUUAUAAAUCGUGACCUAUGCGCUGUGACAUUCCAAGCGUCAAGAGACGGUAAAUGCACAGAAUUUAGAUAUGGAUGCUGUCAGUUGAAAAAAAAAAAAAAAUUAAAAGAUUUCUGCCGCGCGAAAAGAAAGUAUCAACUCAAUCUUCAAAUUUACGCUUAAGGGACUUUCUGAAGAUGGUAAGAAGCAGGAUGAAACCAAAACAUUACAGGGGUCAGAAAUAUGAGAGUCUGAGGAAAAGACAAAUGAAGAUAAAGAAGCCAUUUAAUGACCCCCUGUUUCCAGAUAUAAAAUCAAGUAUUGGUAACACUGAAUCUAUUCCUGACAAUUUAGAAUGGAAAAGGCCAAGUGAAUUAUGUGAUCAGCCUUGCCUGUUCAGUGAAAAUGUGCUGCCAGAAGAUGUGCUUAAAGGACAACUAAGUAGCAGAUGGUUUGUGUCAGCUUGUGCUGUUUUAGCUGGAGUCGGAGAGUUACGUAACAAGGUUGUUCCAGAUUACUCAAAACAAGAAUGGAACCCAAACAAAACAGAUGAAUAUACAGGAAUAUUUCACUUUCAGUUUUGGAGGUUUGGUGAAUGGGUAGAUGUUGUUGUAGAUGAUCUUCUUCCAACUGUGAAUGGUACUUUAUUAUUCACUCAUUCAACAAAAGAGAAUGAAUUCUGGAUUCCACUUAUGGAAAAAGCUUAUGCAAAGCUACAUGGCUCAUACGAUGGUCUUCAUGGGGGACAUAUGGCUGAUGCCCUAGUGGAUUUCACAGGGGGUGUGUCAGAAAUUAUAGACAUGAGGGCAAAUGAGUAUGCUGACAGUCAUGAUAAACGUUCAUCACUAUUUGAUACACUUUCUGCUGAAAUGAGAAAUCAUUCCUUGGUGUGUGCUGCAUGUACAGUUCUGAAUGAAGAAGAAUUUGGUACCAGAACAGAUAUGGGUCUCUGCAGAGGAACUGCCUAUGCUGUGACAGCUGUCAAAAAAGUUUAUUUGGGAGAAACAAGCCUGAGGAAUAUUUUCAAAGGACGUGAGAAGCUCCGAAUGGUUCGACUUCGAGAUCUGCUUAAUGAUAAGAUCAAGAGUGAGACAGAGUCCAAAGGUGAAGAUGGUGAUGCACGAAGUAAUAAAGAAUACGCUUAUACAACAUCUCAAUUAACAAGGCUCCUGUCAUCAUCACCAGAAUGGUCAAAGGUCAGAGAAUCUGAAAGAGAUAGAAUGGGGCUAACUCUAGAUUAUGAGACUGAAUUUUGGAUGCCAUUGGAGGAUUUUGUGAGAAAUUUUAGUGAGCUGACUAUAUGUCGUCUCUAUAACACCAAUAUAUUUGCUCUGUCACAAACGUGGAAGGAGGAGUCAAUAAGAGGAGAAUGGACUACUGGAGUUAAAGGCUCCCUAUCUGACAGAGCUGGUGGAAGUUCUGAAUUUCCAGAAACAUUUCUUCGGAAUCCACAGUAUUUAUUUGAUGUACGGGAUGAAGAUGAAAUAGUUCUGCAGAUGCUUCAAUGGGAUACAGCUUCUGUGCAUCAAGUAGCAGGACUUCAGAAACUUUUGAUUGGCUUCAACAUUAUCAAGGUUGAAGAAAACCGCAAAUACCGCCUUCACAAGCAAUGGGAACACAAUCCAACUAUUGUAUCAUUUAAUUAUAUAAGGAAAAGGGAGAUUUUUUACAAAGGACAUUUGCCUAGAGGACGUUACAUCUUGAUUCCAACAACACUGAAACCAGGAGACACAGGAGGCUAUUUCGUUCGAAUUUUCUCUACCUCAAAUAUUAAAUUACGGACAGUAAAGCGGGAUGUACCAUACAAAACAUGUUACUGCUGUAAAUCAGGAUAUCCUGUGUGGGUGACAGUGGUCCAUGUUAAAGGAGCUGAAGGCCUUAAAAAAAUGGACAGAAUUGGUUCAUGUGAUGCCUACUGCAUAGUGAAAAGUGAAGGCAAGAAAGCAAAGACACACAUGGAAAAAAAUUCCUUGAAUCCCACAUGGAAUUCUACUUUUGUCUUCUAUCGCAGCUCUGUUGAUGAACCUGUAAUAAUCAAGGUCUUCAAUCAUAACUCAUGUUUACCAGAUAACUUCAUGGGACAAGUCAAGUUACCAGCCACAGUGAAUCAGCAUCCAAGCCCUAUUACUGUUGAUUUAAUGGGAAAAGGAAAGAAUGAAGGACAACCAACAAAGGGCUCACUAAUGCUUGAAAUAUUCACCAAUGACAAUUUAAUGAUGGUUUAAUUGUGCCUUUCUGUAGCUUAAAAGUGAUGCUAAUCCCUCUAAUGACCAAAGAUAAUUGUGUGUGUGUGUGUGUGUGUGUGUGUGUGUGUGUGUGUGUGUGUGUGUGUGUGUUUGUGUCUGUGUCUGAGAGAGAAAGUGUGUUGAGUUUAUCUUCUAUGCAAAACAUUUCCCUUACAAAUGCUUUUUAAGUGUGUAAUGACUACAAAGCUAAAUUCAUUGUUAUCAGUUAGCUGUAAUUGUGUCCCCAUAAGACAACUGUCUGUAUUUUAUAUGCACAAUCACAAAAUGCUGUGCCUCUCAAUAAAUAUUUUUGAAAACUUUUCAACCACAAUCAUUUCCAGUAUGACGAUAUAUCAUACUUAGCUGAAAGGUUAAUAUAGUGGUAAAUCUGGUGGUAAAUGUCCUUUUCACAACAGUAAAAAAACAUGCAAUUAAUUGUUCAGAAUAUCCAUGUUUACCAAUAUUUAGACAAGAAACUACUUCUGUCUGGCAUGUUUUCAGCCUAUUACAUUGUCAUCUUACCAUUCAUCUUAUUAUUGGUGAAAGUGCGUUCAAAAAAUAACUGAAUAUAGCUUGUUCAGCUGAUAUAAGUUCUCAAUUCUUUGUGUUAAUUACAAUUUUUAUGUACCUCUAUCUGUAAAAUUCCCUAUUCGAAAUAGUUUUGAAUGUGACUCACUGACAUAUCUGAAAUAAUGUACAAAGAUAAUGAAUUUUAUGACUCUAUGUAGCUUAAAGGUUACUAGUAUCCAAACUGUGGCUUUUGUUACAGUUAGUUUUAGAACUUGUGCCUAUAUGCUUGGGAGGAAGAUCUAAAAACUGAUGUCAGUUUGUACAACUUAUCUGAUGAAGUUGAGAAUUACACAUACAUGUUGCAUUAAUAUAUGCAAGGAAAAUGUUAUAUAUAGAUAUAAAUAAUUCUUGCCUCAAGUGUGUUAUUGUAGUAAUAGCUCUUCUUUUAGGAGACUGAAUAUAUGUGUUGUUAUUUUUACCAGUAAUUUUAUUUAUGUUACUGAGCCUUCCUCAGUGUACAAUAAGUCACAUUAAAAUGACAAUCAACAGACAUUAGAUAUGGAAAUAGUGAUGUGAAAAUUAUAGAAAUUUUAUGUAAAAUAUUGGCUUGCAAUUGUGAUAACUGUAUGUUCUAAAAAGUUGGACUAGCCAAUGGAGAUUUUGCAUAAUGUAAUGGAAUUGAAUAGCUAAACUUACUCUGUGGAAGAGGGAGUCAGAUAUUAAAGAAAUGGAAUAAUGAGUUUCAUGUUGGGGAAAGAGUGGCCAGAGGAUAGAAAACACCAACUUAAACUGAUGCAGAGGAGGAAGAGGAGGGGGGGGGGGGGGGGGUCGGGAUAACAGAAGAGCAUUCUGAAUAAUAGGUAAGAAAAGACAACAUAAAAAAGUGAAGUGAAAUAUUGCAUGACAGUUCACUAUUUGACACAAGGACACUGUCACAUCUCCUAUACAAAAACAUUUACAAGCAUCUUUUGAUCUUGAUGAGAUUGUCUAAAACCAUCAUGCACCACAAUUGUAAGAGAAUAACAUUGCGUAAGUCCUCUCCAUAAUCUGCGUAUGAUGUCCUGCUACAUGUUUAGCCACUACUCAAUAUUACUGCAGCGUAUUUUACAGCCUCAAAUGGAUUGGACUCUGCUCAGUUCAUCCCACUUCACACAUCGUCGUGUAUACUGAAAGUGGAAAAUAAACCUUAGAAAGUUGUGAUUUUGUAUAGUACCUACAUUGUAGUAUAAUAUUCAUCCUCUGAUUUAUU